AUGAAUUAUGUGUCCAAGAAUGACGUUGAGAUUCAUCUGCAAACAGCAUUGGGAGGAAAUCAGUCGAGCCCUACAACAUUCGUCCUUCUGGGAUUUGGCAAUCUCCUUGGGUUGCGAAUUCUCCUCUCUGUAUUAUUCCUUACAAUCUAUGCUUUGUCUCUUGUUGGAAACCUCCUAAUUGUUUUAUUGGUUGCAGUUGACCAGCGUCUUCAUACUCCCAUGUAUUUCUUCCUCAUGAACUUGUCCUGCUUGGAGACUUGCUACAUAUCAACCAUUGUACCCAGGAUGCUGGCUAGUUUCCUUACUGGGGAUAGAUCAAUAUCCAUUAAGGGGUGCAUCACACAAUACUAUUUCUUUGGUUUCUGUGCAGCCACAGAAUGCUAUCUUUUGGCCAUGAUGUCUUAUGAUCGGUAUUUGGCAAUAUGCAAACCUCUGCACUACUCAACCAUUAUGAAUGGUAGACUCUGCCUCCAGUUAGCAUUUACAUCUUGGAUGUGUGGCCUAGUGACCAAUACUGUAAUUACUUCUUUUAUGUUGGAGCUCACAUUCUGUGGACCCAAUGAAAUUGAUCAUUUCUUUUGUGACAUAUAUCCAGUGGCAAACCUCUCAUGCAGCAAUACCCACCAAGUAAAACUUGUAACAUUUAUUCUAGGGCUUAUGGGAACAGGUCCCCCUUUUCUACUAACUAUAACCUCCUACAUCUGCAUACUUCUCACUGUCCUGCGAAUUAAAUCCAAAGCUGCUCAGCAGAAAGCCUUUGCCACCUGCUCUUCCCAUUUGAUUGUUGUGACACUUUUCUAUGGGUCAAUAUUCCUUGUCUAUAUAGUUCCUGAAUCGGUAACACCGAGUGAACUACACAAAACCUUUUCCCUUUUCUACACUGUCCUGACACCCACCCUUAACCCGCUGAUAUACAGUCUGAGAAACAGAGAUGUCAAGGAAGUGCUGUUCAAAACUGUCAGAAGAUUCAGUAACAGGGUUUCAUAG